GGCCAACCAAGUUAGAAGUAGACAAGAAUGUAGACUGGAAUAGUCGCAACUGAUUAUGAGUUUUUCUGCACAAAGAAUAGUACUUGACAUAUGUUGACGGAUUUAGUAUUUUUCUGAUCAGAAGAUUAUGUCUGCCAAGAAAUUGUUCAAUAUGCAACCAGUUUUGGAUGAAUCAUCCACAAAAGAGAGAUUUAAAGGAAAAGUUGUAAUAGUGACAGGAGGUGCUUCUGGAAUAGGAAAAGAAACAGCAAGACGGUUCUUGAAUGACGGUGCCACUGUUGCUGUAUUUGACAUAAAUGAUGAUGCCAUUCGAAACACAGAACUUGAAUUUAAACAAGCAGGUUUUUCGCCAAUGUUCUACAGUGUUGAUGUUUCUAACAAAGCAGAGUGUCUCUCAGGAGUGGGGAAGGUGGCUGAUGCAAAUGGGGGAGUUGUACACUAUCUAGUCAAUUCUGCAGUCUACUUUUGCUUUGAAGCUCUUCAAGCUGAGCAUGAACAUUGGGCUAAGACAAUGGCAGUGAAUGUAGAAGGUGUGGCCAAUAUGGUGCAAUCAUGCUAUCCUUAUAUGGUUAAAGCUGGUGGAAAAGAGUGUGGAAUCGUCAACAUGGCCAGUGGAUCUGCCCAUAGAGCCCAGACAAACAGAUGGACAUAUUCUACUUCUAAGGGAGCAAUUGUUUCAUUAACAAAAUGCAUGGCACUUGACCUAUCAGAACAGGGCAUUCGGGUCAACUCAAUCAGUCCAGGUGCAAUCUGGACUCCUGGGUUGCGAAGUGUUUUGGGCCUGCUGACAAGAACAAGGCUCAGGAAUAUUUUGGAAAAGCCCACAUACUUCGUAGGAUUGGUGAAGGUGCAGAAGUAGCAGCAGCAGUAGCAUUUCUCUGCAGUAAAGAUGCCUCAUUCAUAACAGCAACAGAUUUGUGUGUAGAUGGGGGAUACACUUCAAUGUCACCAGAGAGAUUUGGAGAGUGAACAUACAAAUAAUUGAGCAACCAAGGGAGAGGGUAAAAGUAGACACAAUUUGUCCCAAGAAUUUGGUUGUUCUACAGUGGGAUUAGACAAAGGAAUGUCUAUCAAAUAAGGAACAGAAGAAUAAGACAGCUAGAGGAACUCUUUCAAAUAAGGAACAAAUGUCAUUAUGACGUUUUGCUUGGUACAGAUGAAAUAAAUAGUUCUUUCAUAAAUAGGGGGAAUUCGGGGAAAUUAUUUGAUAUACAUGUAUAUGUUUUUGUAUAUAAAAUUAUUUCUUCUUUGAAUUUUUGAAGAAACAAAAAGAUGACCUAAAAUCCCCUAUUAGGAAAGUCUGACAAUAUACUUUUCAAUUUUGACCUUUUGGUUUUACUGUACAUGACAUUUAGUGAGUGAACUCAAUGAGUGAG